AACGACAGAAAUGACAAUACUGUCGUCGUCUCGCUCCUCAGUUUCUCUCCCCAAGUAUUCUUCAUCGCGCUCCUGCCUCCCAUCAUUUUCAAUUCCGGUUAUCACCUCCGUCGUGAAUUGUUCCUCCGACACGUAUUGCCCGUCGCGCUCUUUGCCGUUCUGGGGACUAUUGUUUCCGCCCUCACUAUUGCCUUUGUCUUGUGGGCCGUCACCCACGGAGGAUUGGCGGGAAACGACUUUCGUCCCGCCCUCACGGAACUCUUGACCUUUGGUGCGCUCCUCAGUGCCACGGACCCCGUGUCCACCCUGGCCGUCUUUCAAGCCAAAAAGGUCGAUCCGCAAUUAUUUUAUCUCGUCUAUGGAGAAUCCGUCCUCAACGACGCCGUCGGACUCGUACUCUUUUCCGCAUUUGCACAUUUUGUCGUCCGCGACAACGGUGCCGGUAAAGUUGCCCUCGGAAUGGGAGAAUUCUGUCUCGAAUUCGCUCUCGAUGCGGUCGGAUCUCCCCUCCUCGGGACCGCGUGCGGCUGCGGGGCCGCCUUGCUCUUCAAAUGGGUCGACCUACGACGCACCCGGCUCCUGGAACUCAGUAUCUACGUACUCAUCAUGUACGUGCCCUUCCUGUUGGCAAAUCUCCUACAACUCUCCGGGAUUGUGACUAUUCUCUUUACCGGCAUGACGGCACAAGCCUACGCCGCCCCGAAUCUCUCACCGGCCACGGCAGCCACCGCCGACGUUCUGUUUCGGCUGGCGGCGCAUCUCGCUGAAACUGCCAUUUUUCUCGAAUUGGGAUUGUCCGUCUUUGGACUCCACGGAUCCUUCCACGGGCGAUUCCUUCUCUGGACAAUCCUGGCGUGUUUGCUGGCUCGUGCCGCCAACGUGUACCCCAUCGUGACACCGACGGUUCGACACGAUCUCCGCAUCCACGCCAACACGGCCCACAUGCUGUGGUUUUCUGGACUGCGGGGAGCCGUCGCCUACGCCUGCGUGCGAUCCUUUCCGGAUACGUUCGGACACCGAAGGGAAUUCAUUCUAGCCACCAUGGUCAUGGUGCUCGUGACGGUAUUUGGCCUGGGCGGGACGACGGAAAUUAUGCUCCAUCGUCUCCAAAUUCCCACUAAUGUGGAUGAGGAUGCCUACAUGCACGAUUGGCACGAAGCACGACAC